AUGAAGGCGAUCCUCCAGCGUGUUCUUUCCGCCUCGGUCACGGUGGACAAGGAGGUAGUGUCAUCCAUAGGCAAAGGCAUUCUCGUGUUUGCUGCUGUUGCUCCGGGUGAUACAGAGAAAGAGGCCGACAGUCUAGCAAACAAGGUGGUCAAGAUGAGACUCUGGGACGAUGAGGCCGGUGGCCGGUGGAAGCACAGUGUCCAGGACAUCGAGGGAGAAGUUCUCUGUGUAUCACAGUUUACUCUGCUAGCCUCAACGAAGAAGGGCAGCAAGCCAGACUUCCACGGUGCUCAGGGCGGUCCCGAAGCCAAGAGGCUGUAUCAUUACUUUUUGCAAAAAGUGCGGGAUGGCUACAAUGCAGACAAGGUCAAGGAUGGCGUGUUUCAGGCCAUGAUGGAGGUCGCCCUCGUAAAUGACGGUCCGACUGACAAGGCAACCAAGGUCACGCUGGAACUCAAUGCAAACCCUCCGCCUACAGUCAAAGGCCCCGAGAAGAAGGCCGAGAAGAAACCUGCUGCCAAGACAGAUGGCCCAAGUGCCGAUGGCACACAGUAG